AUUUCUAAGCAAAUUUUUUCUAUUAUAGUUGUUUUGUGGGAGUGCAACUCAUUUUCGAUUAAUUCCAUUAUAAAAGUGUUGAAGGUUGUAUGUGAACAAACCUAGUUUUUACUAAAUUGAAUACAUAUGUGUAGAGCAAACACGAUAACUUGCAACGCAAUGCUGUUAUAGUCUCACUGGAUGACCAACAAUAUAGAAAUCGCUCUUCUAGUUUUUCCAAUAAAAUCUUACUGUGUUUUCCUACGUACUCUUAACAACAGUGUGCCACCAACUUUGCUUCAGUUUGGAUAGAAUUAUAGUUUCAGCUUAGUUAUCAAUAAACAUGUCAGUCGAUGUUACUGUCCUGCCGUCAGAGCUAUUGGUUGCACCACAACCGCUAAUUGGUUUCUGUGGACUGGACACGACGCACAAUGUUGUACAUAAAGCUAUAUGGGAUGCGUUUAGCACCAAUAGAAAAGCUGAUAGAGCUACUGUGCAGUUCAAGCUACUGCCACCGGGUUACGAAUUUCCUGUGGCUAAGCCGAAACGUGCUUCCUACGACUGGUAUCAACCAAAAGGUAUACUUAAAAGAAAUUGGAUGCUAAAGCAUUUGCAUGUACUGCCUGCGGUAGUUGUGUUAUUCCAAGAUAUGGAAUGGAACGAUCCACAAUGGUCUGAGAAGCAAGUCCAAUGUGCGUCUACAAUUCAAAGCCUUAAAAGCGCACUGCAGGAACGAAAUACGCGCUUAUGUCUGGUGUUAUUACAAAAGUCUUCACCGCUGCCGCCGGGUGAAGAUUUAUUAGCUUCUGAACGUGCCGCCAGUUUAACCACAGCUUGCGGUAUCAAUAGCAAAAUGUUAUUUAUCCUGCCGCAUACGGAGCAUUUAAUGGGUUACACACUACGCCUGGAAUCUGCGUUCCUAGACAUGGCUCAAUCCUACUAUGCGCUUAUGUCUAAGCGUGUGCGUGGUCAUCGUGAUCAUUUAACUGUGGCGCACACAACACUUAAGAUUCGUCAUCAGUUCAAAUUAGGGUUUGUUGCGGAAAUAAGACAGGAUUUUAGCACCGCACUGAAGCAUUAUACUCAGGCUUACGCUACGCUCGAUGAGAUACGUAUAACCGACACUAAUUGCCUUGAAAUGAAAACUAUAGCCGGGUUCCUGAAUUAUAAACUAUGUCGGUUAAUGUUUAAGCUGAAGGUGCCGCGUGAUGCAAUCAAUCAUUUUAUAAGUCAUAUAGAGAAAUAUAGAAAUCGUAUAGGCUUUAAGGACUUAAUAUUCGAACACUAUGCCUGGCUCAGUACGCAACAUAGCGUAUUUGCGGAACUGUUUUGCGAGGCGAUCAAAAAUGGUUUACCUGCGUUGCAAACUCAAAAUCCUGGCAUUUACUACAAUAAAGCGGCGGAAUAUACCAAAAAACGCAAAGAAGCAUUUCUUGAAAGUAGCGCUAUGUUACUAAGCCCCACUGAUCCUAACACACCAACCGGCGUACAAAAUAAUAACUCGCUAGCGUUAUACACGGAAUUCUUUGGCAUACGUGCGGUCAAAACUGGCGACCCCAUCUCAGAGCAACAAACGAACCUGCUUAUACGUGAGAACGAAAAAUCUUUCAACCACUCGAACGCAAUAAUAAAUUUACUUAGCUUAGCACGUGCACAAUUCAAAAUUUACAAAUGUCCACGCUUUCGUAACAAACUCGCAAUUGAGAUGGCCGAAGAGUAUUACAAAAGUGGCGAUCAUGCCAAUGCAUUAACGCUUUACUCAGUCAUGCUGACAGAUUAUCGGCGCGAACAGUGGUCCUCUAUAUUCUCAGAUGUUUUGUUGAAGACAUUGCGUUGCGCCUUCUUAACAGCUUCCAUAACCGACUUUAUAGCUUGCAGUAUUGAAGCUUUAGCGCUGCGCGUUAAUUGCGAACAAAGCGAGCGCAUAGUUGUGCUGGAGAAUCUGUGGAAAGUUUUUCAAGGCGCAGCGCCCAUCUCGCAAGGUCAAAGCGCACCUGAAAUUAUAGAGCGUUGGGACAAUGCUUUCGCAUUGGCAAAGUCGCCCAUUACAAUAGAUAUGGAUAAGCUCACCAAGCUUAUAGAAAUGUAUGCCACUUUCAAUCAUUUGGAGUUGAAGAAUGACGAUACCAUCAACGUGCAACUAAUUAUUAAGCUGCUCACCGAUGUACCUAUUAAAAUACGUCACUGUGUCAUCAUACUGACAGAUGGCACACACUUUUACCGAUUGCCAGCUAGUAAAUGUAAAUCAUUCCAGAGUUUGAGCGAAAUGCAUGCAAAUGAAAAGCAUAACGAACAGCAACAACAACAACCGGAAAUUGCAAUACAACACUUCGAUCCGAACUUGAAACUAGAACCGCAUCUGUACUAUCAAGUGCAUUUCUAUACCGAGGCGUAUCAAUUUUUGGAAAACACGCAAUUGCGUGUGGCACGCAUUGAAGCACAAAUGGGUUCGGAAAAAUUGACUGUACAUUUAACAAAAUCAGCAUUUUUUGCACGCCAUCCAUUUCGUCAUUACAGUCGUAGCAGAGAUCUGGAUGAUAAUAUUGAAAUUAAUCAAGUGUGUUAUAUUACUCCCACAUUCCAUUUGAAUACGCAAUGCAAUCUAGGCAAAGAAACGCAAAUGCUAGUGAACGAAUACUAUCCGAUAGCGACGACGAUAAAUAAUCCGUAUAAUGUUUUCCUGCAAAAUGUCAGUCUCAACAUAAGCGUGCCGAAUAGUUUGCGUAAUCAAGUAUUUCUUACCACAGAUCUAUCGCCCGGUCGCCAAAAAUUGCAUUCGCACAUACAAAUCGACACUGGCGAAUUGUCCAUGCAAAGUUCGAAUUCAGUGCUUUACUAUGUCUUCAGUUUGGUAGAGACACCAAUAGCGCUACAGCAAAAGACAUCCUACGUCAUUGACAUACAACGUCCAAAGACAGCGGCCACCAUGACACAGAUCGAUAGUGGCACAACCAGCAGCGUGGAAAAUUCGCCCGAAAACGUACGCAAUUUCAUUCCUCCGGUGGAUGUGCAGUCGCUUACCGUCUCAACACCUGUCCAGAUUGAGUUCCUCGACGAGAGUCGACUACGUAAAACGCGUGAAGACACAAUCAACAUCAAAUGUGAGCUCGACUUUCGGUUCUCAGCGCGUUUCUACACGCUUAGCAAGCGACCGCUAACAAAGGUAUACCGUGGUGAAAAUUUCUUACUACGCGCCAAUAUCGAAGUGCGGGCACCGGUCGAUAUUGACAUACUCGAAACGUACUUCAUUUGUGAUCACAACUUGGUGCAGUCGACUUACAGCUUUAAGAGGAAAAAGUUUACGCAAACCUACCGCAAUCGCGACAAACUCGAGGACGUAAUCGUGCUACGUACGAACGCCACAACUAGCGACUGGGCCACUGCGAAAGAUUUCGAACGCACCAAAAGUGGCGACAUGCAGUCCGAGCUCUUCAGUCGUUCUAGGCACGCGCGCAAACUCAACGCCAUUAAGAAUAUGCAGCGCGACGCAGUUGUCGGUGAUGCGACCGACGUAGUCGCCAGCGCGCACAUGAACAAACACCUCAUGAGCAAAAUACCGAACAACAUGACAAUAAUAAAUAAUAGUGCCGGUUCUACGAAUUCACUGUUGGCGGCCAACAAUGUGAUGACUGCUUCGGGUUCAUCAUUUGAUGAAAAAUUCAACUCCACAACGCUGGAGGUGACAGACGGUGUUGAUAAUUCGACGGCGCUGUCGGCGACUGCUCGUGCAUUAAAUACGCGUGUUGUCUUCAAUAAAGCAAUAGAAGCGAUUCAAGUCACCGGUCACUGUCGUGGUUUCUUCAAACGUAUCGUUACAGCCGAACCUGAAACACAAGCAACAACAACAAUACAACAGCAACCCAAUUUCGGUGUUUAUUGUAUACGUUGGCGACGUAGCGGCCAUAAAGAAGAGAACGAAUCGAAAUUUCUCAUACAGGGACUGGAGAUCGAAGAGCCGCCACUGAAUAUUUACUGCACCAUUGAGGAGAAAAUGUUCGUAAAAAUGCCUAUGACCUAUAAAGUUGUAUUACGCAAUCCCACCUCGAAUGUGUUGCAUUUGGUAGCCACCCUAAGCAUUAGCAUAGCGGAUAAUUUUAUUUGCUCCGGACACAAGCAACUUGAUAUCUCCAUUUAUGCGUACAGUGAAAAGGAGCUGGUCUACAAUCUCUACCCGCUAUGCGUUGGCUGGGUGAACUUGCCCGAAUUAACAAUAGAAUACAAUAUGAAGGCCGAUCCCGGCAAAGACGACUCGCAUAACAAUGUGCUCAGCGAACUGGUGCAACGCUCAAUACCGAAGAAGGUGUUUGUAUUGCCACCGCUGAAGCAACAGUUAAAAUAAAUAAGGAUUGCAGUGUAAUUAGUGUGUGGCGUCAAGGAUCUGCUGUUUAAUAUUUAGGCUAAAUAGUUUGAGAAUGUCGAAAAUACAGUGUUUAGAUAUGUAUAACAACAAACUGAUGAAGGAAUAUGUAUGUAUAACGGUUUUGAUAUUCAGAAACAAAAUGGAUAUCUAUUUUGAGAACUUUGUAAAAAAAUAGAAAUUAUUGAAAUUUAGUAAUUCUAAAGCAAUUUUACUGUAACGUCUCUUAACCAUUGUUUAAGUAAGGAACUACACAAAACUUAUGUAUGUAACGGCAUAGAUAACAUUUAAUAGACAUCUAGUGUUACAGUAUACUAUUCUACAUUACUGCAUAGCAUUGUAUUUUCUUAUACACUUAUUAUUUCGUAUUUUUUACUUUUUUCCUGUUCUUUUUUUUAUUGUUUUCGUGUGAGGGUAAUACAUAUUGCAUAAAGUGUGCUAAUUAAAAUACAUUAA